AUGGCGCCCACGUUAUCGAAGAUACAGCGGUCAGAGCUCCAAAGCGUCAUUAUUAAUAAGUUACAGGGCAACGAGGUCAUAACGGAUACCGAAAUUUCUCGGGCAAUAGUCCCUUGCACAACACGAACGAUCCGCACCGCUCGAUCGAACAUCCUCAGACAUGGCACGAUUGACCCUCCUCGUAAGGCUAUGGGCCGACCGAAAGAGAUGACGGAAAAUAUGUGGCUAGCUUUGAAGAACCAGCUGGAAUGCAGUCCUUGUAUGAGUCAACAAGACACGGCUAAUUUUCUCUUUCGACAAUACCAAGUAAAGCUAUCGCGAUGUACCAUUGGAAGGGCACUGAAACGAGCCGGCUGGAAGAAGAAAGUUACACAGAAUGUCGCAAAAGAACAAAGCCAGGAUCUCCGUGACGACUACAUCGACCGGCGAUCGCACUACAAGCUCGACCAAAUGAUAUUCGUAGAUGAAAGCGGAAGCGAUCGUGGUCUGGCGAUACUAGGCUGUGGGUAUGCUCCGAAGGGUGUGACGCUGAAACAAACCAAGAGGUUUCAUCGCGGGAAAAGAGCCCAGAUUUUGCCAGCAUACACUAUCGAUGGUGUCAUUUAUUGCGAGGUCUAUGAAGAAAAUAUAGACACCGAGGUAUUCGAGGGCUUCCUUGAGAGGCUGCUGCCUUUCUGCGGCAGGCUUAAGGAUCUCAUCGCCCGGGGAGGCGUGCUAGUCGAGUUCCAAGCGCCAUACUCACCAGAUCUAAACCCGAUCGAGUUUCUGUUUGGGUCAGUCAAGAACCGCAUCAGGAAGAUGUCUCUAGAAGACGAGGAUCUCAUUCAGGGCGACUUCAAAUCAUACCUCCUGAUGCAGAUUAGAGUCGUUGGAGGGGACAGGAGGAUAGCCAGAGGACACUUCAAGAAGGCCCAGAUCGAUGUUGACGGGGCCUAA